AUCCCCUCCCCUUGAUGCUUCUUGAAUGGACGGGCGGGAAGACGAGUGAAAAGACACACUUGAUGCCUUCUCCGCCAUCUCCUGCGCUUGGCAAAACGAAGAGAGCCACCAUGCAGCCAGCUCAGGAUGGAGUAUCCUUUGAAGAGGUGGCCGUGCAUUUCACCACAGAGGAGCGGGACCUGUUGAGGCCAGCGCAAAGAGCUCUGUACAAGGAAGUCAUGCUGGAGAACUUUCAGAAUGUGUCUUCUCUGGGUCCUCUGAUUGCUAAGCCUGAGCUCAUAGCCCAACUGGAAGAGGAGGAAGAGGGGUUUCUCAGGACCUUCGAUGAAGAGGAGGGACUGGCAGGAGAAGUGGAGUCAGGAAAUGAAAUGAAAGAGCAUUGUGUGAAGGAAAAACAAGAUGGAAAAGACAGCAUUGAAUAUUGCGAUGCCGUGGCAAAGGAGAACCCAUAUAAAUGUCUGGAGUGUGGCAAGGACUUCAGUGAGAGUGGACACCUUAUCUCCCAUCAAUUCUUUCACACAGGGGAGAAACCAUACAAAUGCAUGGAGUGCGGAAAAGGCUUCCGCAAGAUGGCAUGCCUAACUUCCCACCGAAGAAUUCACACAGGGGAGAAACCAUAUAAGUGCCUUGAGUGUGGAAAAGUCUUUAGUCGGAGUGGAGCCCUUAUUUCCCAUCAAAGAAUUCACAAAGGGGAGAAACCACACAAAUGCCUGGUGUGUGGAAAAGCUUUUAGUCGCAGCACAAAUCUUACUAGACACCAGAGGAUUCACACAGGGGAGAAACCAUAUAAGUGCCUUGAGUGUGGAAAAGGCUUUAGUCAGAGUGGAAUACUUAUUUCCCAUCAAAGAAUUCACAAUGUGGAGAAGCCAUAUAAACGCCUGGAGUAUGGAAAAGGUUUCAGUACAAGUGGACACUUAACUUCCCAUCAAAGAAUUCACACACAGGAGAAACCUUAUAAAUGCCAGGAGUGUGGAAAAGGUUUCAGUACAAGUGGAAACCUAACUUCCCAUCAAAGAAUUCACACACAGGAGAAACCAUAUAAAUGCCAGGAGUGUGGAAAAGGCUUUAGUCAGAGUGGAACCCUUUUUUACCAUCAAAGAAUUCACAAAGGGGAGAAGCCAUAUAAAUGCCCGGAAUGUGGAAAAGUUUUCAGUACAAGUGGAAACCUAACUUCCCAUCAAAGAAUUCAUACGCAGGAGAAACCAUAUAAAUGCCAGGAGUGUGGAAAAGGCUUUAGUCAGAGUGGAACCCUUAUUUCCCAUCAAAAAAUUCACAAAGGGGAGAAACCACACAAAUGCCUGGUGUGUGGAAAAGCUUUUAGUCACAGCACAAGUCUUACUAGACAUCAGAGGAUUCACACACGGGAGAAACCAUAUAAAUGUCCAGAAUGUGGCAAACACUUCAGUGACAGUGGAAGCCUUACUUCACAUCAGAGAAUUCAUACAGGCGAUAAACCAUACAAAUGCCUGGAGUGUGGAAGAAGCUUCAGUCAGAGUGGAAGACUUACUUCCCAUCAAAGAAUUCACACAGGAGAGAAACCACACAAAUGCCUGGAGUGUGGAAAAGCAUUUGGUUGGAGUGAUCAACUUACUUCACAUCAACGAAUUCACACAGGAGAGAAAACAUACAAGUGCCUGGAGUGUGGAAAAGGUUUCAGUCACAGCACAAGUCUUACUAGACACCAGAGGAUUCACACCGGGGAGAAACCAUACAAAUGCCUGGAGUGUGGAAAAAGCUUCAGUCAGAGUGAAAGACUUACUUCCCAUCGAAGAACUCACAAAGGGGAGAAACCGUACAAAUGCCUGGAAUGUGGAAAAGCCUUCAGUCACAGCACAAGUCUUACUACACACCAGAGGAUUCACACAGGGGAGAAACCAUACAAAUGCCACGAGUGCGGAAAAGCCUUCAAUCGGAGUGAUCUCCUUACUUCCCAUCAAAUAACUCACAAAGGGGAGAAACCAUAUAUGUGCUAGGAAUGUGGGAAAAGCUUCACUUGCAGAACAAAACUGAUUUCCCAUCAAAGAAUUCAGACAGGGAAAAAACAUACAAAUACCUAAAAUGUGGUAUAGCCUUCAGUCACAGUACAAGCCUCCCUUUCCAUCAAAGAAUUCACACCAUUUCCGAGGCAGUGGAUUCCAGUGUCAAACAUCCCUUCGCAUCCGAAAAUUCUACCUAACAAUUAGGUGGAAUCUCAUUCCUUCACCUGGAAUACAUUACUUCAUGUCCUAAUCUCUGGAUCAGUAGAAAACAUGCUUGCACCGUUUUCAACACGACAUCCCUUCAGAUAGUUAAACAUGGCUAUCAUGUUGUCUUACCCCCUAACCUUCUCUUCUUUAGACUCAACAUGGAGUCUAAGAGGUUGGAGAGGUUGGCUGUUCUCCUAGUGUACCGGUCGCCUAGUGCACCGGGAGACAGCCUGCCGCGGCUGAUGGAGGUGGUGGCAGA